AUGAGUUUCAGAGGUGGUUCAUCAAGAGGAGGCGGUGACUUCAAGUUCAGAGGUGGUCGCGGCGGUGGCAGCUCGUUCGGCGGUGGCGGUCGUGGUCGUGGCGGUGGUGGCCGUGGUGGUGGUCGUGGUGGCUUUGGCGGUGGUGGCAGCGGUGACUGCUUCAACUGUGGCAAGUCCGGUCAUAUGUCCAGAGAGUGCCCAGACAAGCAAGGAGGUGGUGGUGGCGGUUACGGUGGCAUGAAGUGCUACACUUGCCAAGAGCAAGGCCAUUCGUCCAGAGAUUGCCCACAAGGAAGAUCAUGCUUCAACUGCAAGAAGCCAGGUCAUAUGUCUAACGAGUGCCCGGAGAAGAAGGGAGACGGAAACAACUGCUUCAACUGCCAGAAGCCAGGUCAUAUGUCGAGAGAGUGCCCAGAGAAGAGCAGCGGCGGCGGCGGCAGAGCCCCAGCCACUUGCUACAACUGCCAGAAGACUGGCCAUAUGUCCAGAGAGUGCCCAGAGAAGAGCAACGGCGGCGGCAGAAACGGAAACAACAACGGUGGCAACAGCUACUUUGCUGACAAGAACUCGAACAACAAGACCCCAAGAGACACAGUGACCUUUGACUCUGAUGAGGAGGAGGAUGAGCAGCCAAACAAGAAACAAAAGCCAGACAACAAGAAGAAGGCUCAAGCCGAGUCUGAGUCCGAGGAGGAGAAGAAGGAUUCCGAGUCCGAGGAGGAGUCCGAUUAG